AUGGUUAUUGGCAUGUGCUUUGACACGACAGCUUCCAAUACUGGAAAACUCAAUGGAGCUUGCACUCUUCUAGAAGAAGCCAUGGGACGUAAUUUAGUAUGGAUGGCUUGCCGUCAUCAUAAGUUUGAAGUGCUGCUUGUCGGUGUAUAUAGUGUUUGUCUUGGAACAUCCACUGGACCAGAAAUUUUAUUCUUCAAAAAAUGGACAGAAAUGAAUCACACACCAGAAGCCAGAUCAACUACUUUGAUAAUUGUUUCAGAUGCAAUUAAAGCAUUCAUCAAAUGUCAACUUGAGGUCAGACAUUCUCGAGAUGACUAUUUAGAGUUUCUACUUCUUGCUGCACAAAUAGCUGAACUGCAGAUUGAUGUAGCCAUUCGCAAACCUGGUGCACGGCACAGGGCACGAUGGAUGGCAAAAGCCAUCUACGCAUUAAAAAUUGAACUAUUAUUCACCGUAAAUAAAACCAUUUUAACUUAA